GGUUGAACGGAAGCAGUUCAAGACGAAGCUAUGCGUUCUGUAUCAGAGAGGUCGCUGCAAUCGCCAUAACUGCUCCUUCGCGCAUGGGAGUGCUGAUCUUCGACGAUUCUCUGCCUCGUAUAGUGAUACAGAAGCUUAGAUAUGCAAUAACAAAUGGCAUAUGGGAUUAAUGUCAGAUUAAUUCAUUCAAUGAUAGGACGAUCACAUUAUCUUGUUGAGACUGUUGCAUUUCCAGCAGUAUGGAUAUUUCAUUAUAGAUGCGAGACUCUUCAGAAGGAAUUCUGCUGAUUGGUUUAUCUUAAAGGCGAUGCUGGUCUGUUCAUGAAAUUGUAUUUUCUUGGCCAUGUUUUUUAUGCUUCAUUCCUUGAAUCUGUGGAACUACAGUGUUAUCUGAGAUCAUGAUUAGGCUUACGUGGAUUGUCUGCUAGCAUCAUGUUUUGAUCAGAAGCAAUUUCAGCAAAUUUCCCAAUCAUUUCAUUUAAAAUAUCUACUGCUUGAGUGUAUGGAGCUUAUGCUACUCCUUUUGGCUGAUACUUCUGGAUAUGGGAGGAGAGACUAUUUAGGUAAUGACUUGAGGGAUAAACUUGACAGAAGGUAUGUAUCUCCUCAAAGGUACUCACCAGCUCCAGAUACAAGAGGCCGCCAGAUCAUCCGUGAAUACAGUCCUACAAUGUCUUUGGAGAAAAAAAGUGACAGGAGACAUAGGAGAAAACAGGAUACUAAUGGCCAAAGUGAUAUUUCUGGAAAUUUGAAAGUCUCAGAUAGAGUUCAAGGUCAAGUUAAAGAAGGAAAAUUGCUUUCCUCUGGUUCUAGGAAUAAUCUUGAGGAGCAGCUGAAGAAAGUAGAUUCAGAUAUCAGCACUCUUCAGAACCGAAAAUUCCAGCUAGAGGUCUAUCUUGAUGAGAGUGUUCAAGAAGUGGAUAGCCUUAAUUCUAGAAUUCGGGAACUUGAAGCUCAACUAUGCAAAGAGGAUGAGGAGUGCAAAAGAAUUACUUCAAGAAUAAGGAAAUUUGUAAGAGUGCACAAUCAUAUGUCAGAGUUACAAGAUGAACUGAGGAGAUCACAAGUCCGACUUCAAAGGUUUGGAGAUCAGCUUGUCUCAGACAUUUCUAGAAUUGGUGCCAACGAAGAAGAUUUAAGCAUUGAUAUUAUAAGCAAUGGUGAAAAUACUGGUCUUCAUCCAAUCGCUAAACAUAAUGUGGAGCACAAUGAUGCAUCUUCCCACAAAAAAAGGCUGCAUAUUGAACAUGAUGCUUUGGAAGAGUUAAAACAGGAUAGAUCAAAAGAUGGGCAUUUGGUUGAGACAGCUAGAACUAGGAAGCGUUCUCGCUGGAAUUUAUCAGAUCAAUUGAAAGAGGAGUCUCUUGGUACUCCAGACAAUGGAACUGAAGUUACUAGAUCUCUAGAUCUUGAAGGCAAGCACGAGAAAGGAUUGAAGCAACCCAGAAUUGAAGCGCCAUCAACCAGCAUGGCAGCUCAUGUGGUUGACGAGGAUGUUGAUAUUGAACGUUAUGAUGGAAAUGAUAUCAAUGAAACUGCAAAUACGGAAAAUGAUAAUGGAGCGGCAUAUAAGGUAAAGGGUGCACCAUUAAUGCUUCCCCCAGCUUUGCUACCUCGUAGCAAUUACCUGCAGUAUGAAGGCAACGACGAGAAUGUUGAUGUGGAUGGUUGAUGAAGAGGCAACAGGGGCACGUAUGGUUUAGUUAAUUAAUAUUGGCAAUUUCUAACUUUCUUUUGAUAAAUUCUAUGGCCUUCAUAUGCAUACAUGCCAUAUUUGUGGUGGUGCUUAAGCUGAUUGUCUAUUUUCUGUUGGACUUCUGUGAUUAUAAAUGUAAUCCUCUGUUGUCUACGAUUAUAUUUGGUUUUCAAGAAUUAUUGAAUGUUUUUUUAGAGUACCAUAUCUAUAACAUGCAAUGUUCUGCA